AUGAAAACAGGAAAAGGUAUAUUAAUUUUUUUGAUAGUUUUUAUGCUGCUCCUAAAAGAUGGUAAUUGCAUAAAGAAACGAAGAAAUUUCCCAAAAAAAAAUGUAAAAUGUUUAAAUAAAAGACUAAAUUAUAUAAAUAGUAAAAUUAUAAGUAGAAGGAAAGAAAAUUAUGUUAAAAUGAAAAUGACGGAAAAUAAAAUAAAAGGAAAAGAUAUUAUAUAUGGAAAUGAGUGUCGUAAUGAAUUAUUAAAAGGUAUAUUAACAGUAUCAGAUGUUGUAAAACUGACUUUAGGUCCGAGAGGACGAAAUGUUUUAUUAGAAAAGGAUUAUGGAAGCCCAUUAAUAAUUAAUGAUGGUGUAACUAUAGCAAAAAACAUUUCAUUAAAAGAUAGAAAAAAAAAUAAUGGAGUAAAAUUAAUGCAGGAAAGUACAAACAUAUCAAAUGAUAAAGCAGGAGAUGGUACUAGUUCAACUGCUUUAAUGACAGCAACUAUAACAAAAAAAGGUAUUGAACAAGUAAACAAUAAUCACAACCCUAUACCAAUACAAAGGGGUAUACAAUUGGCAUCAAAAAUGAUUAUGGAAAAAAUAAAAUCUCUUUCUACACCCAUAAAAACGUAUAAAGAUAUAUUAAAUAUAGCAACGAUUGCAAGUAAUAAUGAUGUACACAUGGGUCAAAUUAUUGCAAAUGCAUAUGAUAAAUUAGGAAAAAAUGCAGCUAUUAUAUUAGAUGAUAAUGCUGAUAUUAAUGAUAAAUUAGAAUUUACUGAAGGCUAUAAUUUUGAUAGAGGUAUAAUUAACCCGUAUCUUUUAUAUAACGAAAAUAAAGAUUAUAUUGAAUAUAGUAAUGUUUCAACAUUAAUUACCGAUCAAAACAUUGAUAAUAUACAAUCGAUUUUACCAAUAUUAGAAAUUUUUGCAAAAAAUAAACAACCUUUAUGUAUUAUUGCUGACGAUUUCAGUAACGAAGUUUUACAAACUUUAAUCAUAAACAAACUAAAGGGUGCCAUCAAAGUGGUUCCGAUAAGAGCGCCCUCAUUUGGUGAUAGAAGAAAAGAUUACCUAAAAGAUUUAUGUAUUGUUACAAACAGUAAAUACAUAAGUGCAGAUGUCGGAUUGGACUUAAACAACUUGCAUAAUAACAUGAGUAGCUUCGACAACAACUAUUUGUCAUUAUUAGGAAAUGCAAACACUUUAAUAGUAAAAAAAGAUAGGACGAGUUUAAUUACCAAAGAAGAAUAUAAGGAUAAAAUAGAUGAAAGAAUUAAUGUUUUAAAAAAAGAAUUUGAAGAAACAACUUCGAAAUAUGAUAAAGAAAAAUUAAAUGAACGUAUAGCAGCAUUAUCAGGAGGUAUAGCAAAAAUAUUAAUUGGAGGUAAUACAGAAACGGAGCAAAAAGAAAGAAAAUUUAAAUAUGAAGAUGCAACAAAUGCUGUAAAAAGUGCUAUCGACAUAGGUUAUGUUCCAGGUGGUGGUGUUACUUAUUUAGAAAUAAUAAAAUCGAACUUUAUAAAUGAAAUACAUAAAAAAAUAGAAGAACAGUUUCAAAAUGUCGGAAAUCAAGAAGAAAAAAAAUAUCUUGAUUUAGUAGGAAAUUUAGAAUCAGAAAUAGAACUACAAAAAAUGGGAGCUAACAUAGUUGUUAGCAGUUUAGAUGUUAUUACAAAGCAAAUUGCAGAUAAUGCUGGAGUAAAUGGAGAAAAUGUUGUUAAAAUUAUUUUAAAUUCAAAAGAUAAAUAUGGAUUUGGUUAUGAUGUCAAUACAAAUAAAUUUGUUAAUAUGGUAGAUAAUGGAAUUAUUGAUAGUACUAAUGUUAUUUUAAGUGUUAUUAAAAACAGUUGCAGCAUUGCUAGUAUGGUAUUAACUACUGAAUGCAUGAUGGUAGAUAGUGAAAAGAAAGAUAAAGGAGUGUUAGAUCCAUCUAUAGAUUCUAGAAAUUAUCUUUCUAGACAUAGAAGAAGAGAUUAUAGAACCAAACUUGAUGACAUGGAUGAUGAGGAUGAUGACCUUGAUGAUGAAGAUGAUGAUGAAGAGGAUGAGGAUGACGAAGACGGUGAAGAAGAUGAUGAAGAAGAUGAAGACGAAAUGGAUGAUGAUGAUGAUGGAUAUAAUUACGAUGAAUAA